CAUUCCCCGGGUUUUCGCUUCAAUGGCCGGGGAGGAAUCCGCGGAGCUCCCGGGACUUUUCCCGGGAGAGGCUCUCCAGGCUCCCGCCCCGGAGAUCUUGGGGGUCCCUGCGGUGCCCCCGGCCCCAGAUCUAGCCGGACCUCUGAUUUCCAAGCCUGACCUGAUAUGCUGGCUGGUGGAAGAAAAAGAGCUAUUUUUGCAGGUCUCUGAUGAACACGUAGGAGGCAGCAGCAGAAAGACACCCCGGAGGAUUCUGCCAUCUCCUCCGUUUGCUGAAGGGACAAGAGUCACUGUGCAACCAGUUGAGGAUGGGGUGUCCUUUGAAGAGGUGGCUGUGUACUUCACCCAAGGGGAGUGGACCCUGCUGUGCCCUGCCCAGAUUGCUCUGUACAAGGAAGUCAUGCUGGAGAAUUUUGGGAACGUGGUCUCUCUGGGGCCUCAGCUUGCCAAACCUGACCUCAUAUCCUGGAUGGAAAAAGAGGAAGAGCUGCUUCUCGUGGGCUGUGAUGAAGAACAGGGACUGGCAGGUAGCAGCUUAGGAAGUGUGUGGGAGUCAACAAAUGAAACAAAAGAACACCUAGUAAUGGAGAAAGGUGAUACAUAUUCAGAUGUGACAGAGAAGUUUGAAUAUUUCCAUGCACUGAGGAAGCAGGAGGGAGAAGACCCACCUGAAGAGAGGAAGGAUUCCAGUAUUUUACAGCAUAGUAACUCUGUACUGCAAAAAAUAUACCAAAGAGAAAAGAGGAUUGAAUGCACCACAAGCAGGGAAAUUGUUCCUAAAAACUUAGUCAUUAAUAUUCAACAAAACACCUCUAAAAAAAAGCAACUAUAUAAAUGGGUGGAAUAUGGAAAAGUUUGUGGUCACAAAGAGAGCCUAAAUUCCAACCAAAUUAUCCAUACUGUGGAAAAACCUAAUAAAUGCAUGGAGUGUGGGAAAAACUUCAGUACGCAUGGGAGCCUUACUUCCCAUCAAAGGAUUCACACAGGGGAGAAACCAUAUAAAUGUCUGGAGUGUGGGAAAAGUUUCAGAUGGAGUUGUCGUCUUACAUCACAUCAGAGAAUUCACACAGGGAAGAAACCAUACUAUUGCCUGGAGUGUGGGAAAAGCUUCAGUACUCAUGGGAGCCUUACUUCCCAUCAAAGGAUACACACCGGGGAGAAACCAUAUAAAUGUCUGGAGUGUGGGAAAACGUUCCGUCGCCGUGACAGCCUUAUCUCCCAUCAAAGAAUUCAUGGAGGGGAGGAACCAUAUAAAUGUCUGGAGUGUGGAAAAAGCUUCAGAUGGAGUUGUCGUCUUACAUCACACCAGAGAAUUCACACAGGGAAGAAACCAUACUAUUGCCUGGAGUGUGGAAAAAGCUUCAGUACUCAUGGGAGCCUUACUUCCCAUAAAAGGAUUCACACAGGGGAGAAACCAUAUAAAUGUCUGGAGUGUGGGGAAAAGUUCCAUCGUCGUGACAGCCUUAUUUCCCAUCAAAGAAUUCACGGAGGGGAGAAACCAUAUAAAUGUCAGGAGUGUGGGAUUAGUUUCAGAUGGAGUUGUCGUCUUACAUUACACCGGAGAAUUCACACAGGGAAGAAACCAUACUAUUGCCUGGAGUGUGGGAAAAGCUUCAGAACUCAUUGGAGCCUUACUUCCCAUAAAAGGAUUCACACAGGGGAGAAACCAUAUAAAUGUCUGGAGUGUGGGAAAAUGUUCCGUCGCCGUGACAGCCUUAUCUCCCAUCAAAGAAUUCACGGAGGGGAGGAACCAUAUAAAUGUCUGGAGUGUGGAAAAAGCUUCAGAUGGAGUUGUCGUCUAACAUCACAUCAGAGAAUUCACACAGGGAAGAAACCAUACUAUUGCCUGGAGUGUGGGAAAAGCUUCAGAACUCAUUGGAGCCUUACUUCCCAUAAAAGGAUUCACACAGGGGAGAAACCAUAUAAAUGUCUGGAGUGUGGGGAAAAGUUCCGUCGUCGUGACAGCCUUAUUUCCCAUCAAAGAAUUCACGGAGGGGAGGAACCAUAUAAAUGUCAGGAGUGUGGGAAAAGUUUCAGAUGGAGUUGUCGUCUUACAUUACACCGGAGAAUUCACACAGAGAAGAAACCAUACUAUUGCCUGGAGUGUGGGAAAAGCUUCAGUACUCAUGGGAGCCUUACUUCCCAUCAAAGGAUUCACACAGGGGAGAAACCAUAUAAAUGUCUGGAGUGUGGGAAAACGUUCCGUCGCCGUGACAGCCUUAUCUCCCAUCAAAGAAUUCACGGAGGGGAGGAACCAUAUAAAUGUCUGGAGUGUGGAAAAAGCUUCAGAUGGAGUUGUCGUCUUACAUCACACCAGAGAAUUCACACAGGGAAGAAACCAUACUAUUGCCUGGAGUGUGGGAAAAGCUUCAGUGCUCAUGGGAGCCUUACUUCCCAUCAAAGGAUUCACACUGGAGAGAAACCACAUAAAUGUCUGGAGUGUGGGGAAAAGUUCCGUCGCCGUGACAGCCUUAUUUCCCAUCAAAAAAUUCACACGGGAGAAACCAUAUAAAUGUCUGGAGUUGUGGGAAAAACUUCAGUUGGAGUGACACCCUUAAAUCCCAUCAAGGAAUUCAUACAUGGAAGAAAUCACAUAAAUAUGUGAAGUAAACAUGGAGCAUCUCCUGGGCAGAAGUAUGUUGGCUCAGCAGCUUAGAUCACCAGAGAGCUGGCUAAAAACUGACAAGACCAGUUCUAGCAGGUAACAGAUGACCUUUACAGUGAUUAAGUAACAAAAAUAUAAAGAUGGUUACAUUGUACAGUCCACCAACCCUGUGAUGAAACCAGGUUCUGGCAUAGCACUUUGUCUGUUCAUUCUAUGCCUUGUAUACAAGUCCUCUGUAUAUAUCCUAUAGCAGGAGUCUGCAACCCGUGGCUCUCCAGAUGUUCAUGGACUACAAUGGGAUUUGUAGUCCAUGAACAUCUGGAGUGCCGCAGGUUGCAGACCCCUGUCCUAUAGUGAAUGAUAAACCUUCCUUUGGAAUGAGUACUGUGUAUGAUGUACUCCUUGUGGUCUGUACUCCCUGACUUCAGAGCUGAGCUAGUCUUCUCUGAGUAGCACCACUGUAUAGUAGCUGACAAGAAAUGCCUGGAGUGUGGAAAUACUUUCAAUGAUCAAAGAAACUGUACUCACCACUAAAGGAGAAACCAUAUAAAUGACCACAGUGUGGAAAAAGCUUCAGUAUUAAUGGAUGCCUUACUUCCCAUCAAAAAAAUGCUCAAAGUGAAGAAAUCAUACAAAUGCCUGGAAUCAUUCUAACUUCCCACCAAAGAAGUCACACAGAGGAAAAAUCAUGUAGAUCAGUGAUUCCCAAAACUUGAGCUGUUGCCCCUUUCGCUCUCAGACAACAUCUGUAGUUCCCCACCAUAUGCAUACACAUAUGAAUACACACACUUUAAAAACAAGUUCUAACACUGUAAACUGACAUAUGUAUUUUACAAAUAAAACAUUACUGAGUAAAA